AUGAAGCACGAUGCCGACUCGAAGGAGUCGAUCGGCGGCGGCAUACCGACCAACCACCGUAUCGCGGAAUUAGAGCGGGAGAAUGAAAUCCUCCGACAAAAAUGUGCCCAGCUCCGGGGCAGCAACACCGCUACAGAGCCAGGAAAUCCUAUGGCUUCGGCGGGUACUCCACGGAGCCCAUUGUCAUUCCCAAGACUAGGAGGGGGCAUUGGCCUCUCACGGAAUGACUCUUCUUCUAAUUCAGCCAGAGACGCAUCGCAUCCGGAAGUGCCAGAGAACGACCGCAGGAACACUUCUUUGUAUCAUGGUCCGACUAGUACAGUGUACGAUGAUACAAGUCCGAAGAAUAGCGAGCAGCAUAUGCUAGGGCAGUCUAACGAAGAAGGAAUUCGUCAUCUCCUCUUCUCACAGACGGCGAGGCAAAGACAGCUCGAGCCUCUCAAUCUAGCUGCCGGAAAACUCGACUUUGACGGCAUCGAUCCUGAGAUUGGCAUGCAUUUACUCUCCAUAUAUUGGAGUCGUCAGCUCUACACCGCACAGAUCAUUUAUCGCCCGCUUUUCAUGCGGGACAUGGCCUGCGAAGGGCCAUACUUUUCCAAACUGCUUUUGAAUGCGAUAUUUUUCGUUGUCUCAAAGCACUGCGACCGGCCAGAGCUUCGUUCAGACCCAAAUGACAUUACCACUGCGGGAUGGAAGUUCCGUCAGCGAUUUACGCAGCUUUUACGAGAUUGCUUCGACAAAAGCGAGAUCACUACCCUUCAAGCGCUGUUGAUUAUGUCCAAUGCGCUGUUCUCCAGAUGCGAUGAACGAAGCCUGUCAUGGCUGUAUGCUGGCAAUGCAUUCAACAUGUUCAUUGAUCUUGGACUGCAUGUGCUUCCUGCUGCGGACAGUAUUCCUGCCGAGGAGCUUGAAAUUCGGAAACGGGUUCUCUGGGGUGCAUAUCUGAUUGAUAAGAUCCAGUGUCUUCUCCAAGGAAGACCACCGCUUCUCAACUUGGUCAACUUGAGAGCAUCACUCGACUUUCUGGAUGACUACGACGAGCUUGAGCCUUUCCAAGACAUUACCUAUAUGGCCACUAAGCCUAGAGUGGUUGUCCCGUCGUUGAAUGUGUCUUUGCUUACCAAGUUAUGCGAAAUGUCAACGAUCGUGGAACGUGUUCUUCGCGAGAUCUAUUCAGAAUCUCGAGAAUCAAAUCAAGCUCAAAGAGCGAACAUCUCGGAGGAUAUAAAGUUGCAGCUGAGAGAGUGGCGCCAAAGUUUGCCAGCUCAUCUUGACUACUUAUCGUUUCCAGAACAGGCGGUUCUCCUGCCUCAGUCUGCCUGUCUGUUAGCUCUGUUCAAUGUCCUCAUUAUCCUCGUGCACCGUCCUUUGAUAAUUGGCCACGACGGCGUUAUCAAUUCAACGACUGCACAUGAGUCAGUGAACGCAUGUACAGCAGCCGCGAAUCAGAUUGUUCAGAUACUCCAUGACUAUUCGCAGCACUUCUCUCUGAGUAGUGCACCGUAUAUGCUUUCAUAUGCGACCUAUAUCAGCGCAACCAUCUACGCACGGAUUGUUGCGCAAAAAGGAAGCAACUCAAACGUCUUCCAAUCUUUAGUCCUUUGCCGCAAUAUUCUGUCGGAGCAUACGCGCCUCUAUUCUGCAGCAGAAAAGGCCAAGGGGAAUCUGGACAAGUUAAUCUCUCACCUGGAGAUUAGCGCCGCGGACGAUAGCCAGCGGGCUGGGGGCUUUGGGAACAGCUUUCCAAGGGAAAAUGCGGUUAUGGACGGCAUGGAGGAGUCUAGAAGUCUUGCCAGAGAUGCUGGCUUCGGGGACCGUGUGCUUGACUUUGGCUCUCCUUUGAUGGAUGUGGAACUGUCGGAUUUGGACCUUGAGGCAAUUGCUCAAGGCUUUCAGGUUGAUAUAGAGCCACAUUCUUACUGGCAUUCUUUAGGGCCCCACCCACACGGUCUGUACGAAACCCAAAAACUGCACCGUUACUUCGAAGGGACGUAG